AUGGACAACGAAUUCGCUCAGACCGCCGUCGAAGGCCCCAAGCAGUUUAUCAAGGACGGUAUCGCCUUCAUCAACCGGUGCGCAAAGCCUGAUCGCAAAGAGUUCAUGCAGAUCACCCAAGCAGUGUCUAUGGGCUUCUUCGUCAUGGGAGUUAUCGGCUUUGUCGUCAAGCUGAUUCACAUCCCCAUCAACAACAUCCUUGUCGGUGGUGCUUAA